AUUCGUCCCGCGGUUUCCAGGUGAGUUCUGAAAUUAGUUUUUUAAUUAGUGUCCGAAAAAUCCUCCCGACAUCUGGUCAAACUGUUGAUUUGACAACCAAAAAUUUUUUGUUUGGAAACUAAACACGCCCUAUGCGAAUAGCAAGUAUAAAUAAUUCAUCCCGUCGCUAAGGUUGUUUUCAAAAUAUGUGCGUGCCCACGUACAUCUUGCUAGUACAAAGAAAAGAAAGAAAAAAAAACAGCACUUAUGAAGCCGCACCCACCGCGGGGCAAUCUUCGGAAAUGAAUUGUCUGAGGUGGUGUUGAGCAAUGUGGGCACUAACUCAGGUGUUACAGAAGUUGGCUCAAGCAUUGAUGGUUUUGUUGCAAGCAUAGUUGAUUGGGACAGUCUUCAAAUAGAACCAAUUCCAGAGGAGCAAAUAGGUGCUGCAGUAUCUUUCAUGGACGAAGCAAUGUAUGAGUUUGUUGGCCUUAGAGAAGAGGAUGAGAGAGCAGAAAAAGCUAGAAUUGCAGCUGAAAAAGAGAGGGAAAAUGAUGCUAGUGCUGGUGUUGAUGACUUAGAUGGUGCUGAUUUAGCAGUGCAUGACUUGAUUCCUGGGGAGGAUGCUGUGGAUUAUGAUAGGGAGAACCCUCCAAUGAAAGUUGGAAGCACAUAUGCUACCAUGAGUGAAUUCAGAGGAGCCGUGAGACAACAUGCUAUAAAGGAGAAGGUCAAAGAAGGUGGCAAGGAAGAAGCAGAGGUGACAGAGAUCACUCAAUCACAAAAGAUAAUUAGACAUGUUGUCAAUCUUAAGAAUCACACUUGCACCUGCAGAGAGUGGCAAGUCUCAGGGAAACCAUGUCAAUAUGCUCUAGCAUUGAUAAUAACAUACAGAAAUCCUAAGAUGGAAGAUUACCUUGAUCCUUACUAUUCAGUCUACCAUUUUAGGCUCGCAUACGGUGGUGUCAUUAGGCCACUAACUGACAAAUCUCAGUGGGCCAAAGUGGAUAUUGGGUUCAAGUUGCGGCCACCUCUAGCAAAAAGGCACGUUGGGAGACAGAAAGAAUAGAAUACCUAGCUGCUUGGAGAGCAAGGGCAGCAAGCCUAGGACAAAAGGCAUGUGGCAGGUGCAGUGCCAGAGAUGCCUUGGUCGUGGGUACAGAACGACGUCCCCCAAAUGCCCUCUCAAUGGUACAAAAAAGAGGUAAAACUGGUGACAUUUUCUAUUUGUUUGUUGACUCUUUUCCAUGUCAGCUCAACUUGUUGUAAUUCCAAUUGCAGGAAGAGUCGUGCCAAGGUAGGAAGGCCAUUAGGUUCAAAAAAUGAAGUAGGUACUAGUACUCCUAAGAGGCAGAAGGUUGGAACAUCAGGAAGUCCUAUUCCUAGUGCAACAUCUGGUAGUCCGGGGCCUGUCACAAGAAGUCAAUUAGCGUUGAGCAUGGAAGGUGGCCCUAGUGCAACAUCUGGUAGUCCUGGUCCUGUCACAAGAAGUCAAUUAGCAUUGAGCAUGGAAGGUGGAGGUAGUGAAACAUAUUGUAGUCCUGGUCCUGUCACAAGAAGUCAAUUAGCAUUGAGCAUGGAAGGUGGAGGUGGAGCAUUGGAAGGAGCAUCGACCUUCCCUACUACCCCUGCAAGGCCAACAAAACUCCCAGCUAAAAGAAAGAAGGCAGCUGUCAAGAAGAAGCUCACUCCAAAGAGGCCGACAAAGUGAUAUGUGGCAUGGCCUGAUGAUUUUUGUUGGUCUGCAUGUAGGCAUGACCUUAUUUUGGCAUUCAGCACCUACGUGGUGUGCUUUAUGUUGGCAUUCAGCACUAUGGCAUUCAGCACUAUGUGCUUUAUUUUGGCAUUAAGAACCUAUGUGUUCUCUUUUA